CAUUAAUCCCUCCCUUGAGGAAAUCCACGGGCUGGUCCCUUGAGGGACAGAUCCUAGGCAGAAUGGAGGAACACACAGAGGCAGGCUCCGUACCGGGACUGGGAAACCAGAGGGUUUUAAUUAACAACUCUGCUGACAUCCUGGUCAUUGCUGCUUAUUUCCUGCUGGUCAUUGGUGUCGGCUUGUGGUCCAUGUGCAGAACCAACAGAGGCACUGUCGGCGGCUACUUCCUGGCAGGACGAAGCAUGGUGUGGUGGCCGGUCGGCGCCUCCCUCUUUGCCAGCAACAUCGGCAGUGGCCACUUUGUGGGCCUGGCAGGGACUGGUGCUGCAAGCGGCUUGGCUGUGGCUGGAUUUGAGUGGAAUGCGCUGUUCGUGGUGCUGUUACUGGGCUGGGUCUUCGCACCAGUGUACCUGACCGCGGGCGUCAUUACCAUGCCGCAGUACCUGCGCAAGCGCUUCGGAGGCCAUCGUAUCCGCCUCUACCUGUCAGUGCUCUCGCUUUUUCUGUACAUCUUCACCAAGAUUUCGGUGGACAUGUUCUCCGGGGCAGUAUUCAUUCAACAGGCUCUGGGCUGGAACAUCUAUGCCUCUGUCAUCGCCCUUCUGGGCAUCACCAUGAUCUACACUGUGACAGGAGGGCUGGCGGCGCUGAUGUACACAGAUACCGUGCAGACCUUCGUCAUUCUUGGGGGGGCCUUCAUCCUCAUGGGUUACGCCUUCCACGAGGUGGGCGGGUACUCGGGGCUUUUCGACAAAUACUUGGGGGCAAUGACGUCGCUGACGGUUUCCGAGGAUCCGGCGGUGGGCAACAUCUCCAGUUCCUGCUAUCGACCCCGUCCGGACUCCUACCAUCUGCUCCGGGACCCUGUGACGGGGGACCUGCCGUGGCCGGCGCUGCUCCUGGGUCUUACCAUCGUCUCGGGCUGGUACUGGUGCAGCGACCAGGUCAUCGUGCAGCGCUGUCUGGCCGGGAAGAGCCUGACCCACAUCAAGGCGGGCUGCAUACUGUGUGGCUACUUGAAGCUGAUGCCCAUGUUCCUCAUGGUCAUGCCAGGCAUGAUCAGCCGCAUUCUUUAUCCGGGUAACGUCUGCAAACCCCGCCCCCACCAAGAGUCCUGUGCCCCAUCCAACGAGGUGGCGUGCGUGGUGCCCGAGGUGUGUAAGCGCGUGUGCGGUACCGAGGUGGGCUGCUCCAACAUCGCCUACCCGCGCCUCGUUGUGAAGCUCAUGCCCAACGGUCUGCGCGGACUCAUGCUGGCCGUCAUGCUGGCCGCGCUCAUGUCCUCGCUGGCUUCCAUCUUUAACAGCAGCAGCACGCUUUUCACCAUGGACAUCUACACGCGCCUGCGGCCCCGCGCAGGCGACCGCGAGCUGCUGCUAGUAGGACGGCUCUGGGUGGUGUUCAUCGUGGCGGUCUCCGUGGCCUGGCUGCCCGUGGUGCAGGCAGCGCAGGGCGGGCAGCUCUUCGACUACAUGCAGGCCGUCUCCAGCUACCUGGCGCCACCUGUGUCUGCCAUCUUCGUGCUGGCGCUCUUCGUGCCCCGCGUCAACGAGAAGGGUGCCUUCUGGGGACUGAUCGGGGGCCUGCUUAUGGGUCUGGCACGACUUAUUCCUGAGUUCUCCUUUGGCUCGGGCAGCUGUGUGCAACCCUCGGCGUGCCCAGCACUCCUCUGCGGCAUGCACUACCUCUACUUCGCCAUCGUGCUCUUCAUCUGCUCCGGCCUCCUCACCCUCGUCGUCUCCCUGUGCACAGCACCCAUCCCACGCAAGCACCUCCACCGCCUGGUUUUCAGUCUGCGGCACAGCAAGGAGGAGCGAGAGGACCUGGAUGCUGAUGAGCUGGAAGGUCCCGCCUCCCCCCCUAUCCAGAAUGGGUGUCCGGAGCAUGCAGUGGACAUGGAGGAGCCCCAGUCCCCAGCUCCAGGCCUGGUCCGCAGGUGCCUGCUCUGGUUCUGUGGAAUGAGCGGGGCUGGGGCCGGUAGCCCCGCUGCCCCUACCCAGGAGGAGGUGGCUGCCGCAGCCAGGCGGCUGGAGGACAUCAGCGAGGACUCGAGCUGGGCCCGUGUGGUCAACUUCAAUGCCCUGCUAAUGAUGGCUGUGGCCACGUUCCUCUGGGGCUUUUAUGCCUGAGGCCAACCCUGUUGGACACCAUGAGCCACAGCCAGGACAGGGCUCAGCCUCACAAUGAAUGGGCGUGAGGAGCCUGCAGUGGUGAGAAGGGAGAACGGCAGGAGCAGGAGUCGGGGGGUAGGCCCUGGUUCCCCUUCUCUCCACCUUGUCUCUGUCUGGGGCCCCUGUCCAUCCGACUGGCGGUUACAGCCCAUGAGGCCUUGGCCAAACUGCCACAGCAAUUCCCCUAAACGAAAAUAAAGCCAC